AUGAGGCAGGAGGGGGUUCCUGGGCAGCCGGCUGGAUUUGGCGCUAGAGAUGCUGAAGGGUCUGCAGAAGAGGCCCUGUUAAGUGUCAAGACUUACAGCAUUCGUCGAGGGGUACAGUACAAGGUCGUGGAGUCUGACUAUCGCCGGUAUGUGGGCAAGUGUUCUGAGUUCGGCAAUGGGUGCACAUGGUUGAUUCGGCUUAGUCUCCGACAGUGCAAGGGACUUUGGGAGGUCAAACGUUACAACGGACUACAUACUUGUCUCGCCACCUCCAUUUCCAGCAACCACAGGAGUUUGGAUUACCAUGUGAUAUCGGCAUUCAUUAUGCCAAUGGUUAGGGCUGAUGCAUCCGUCAGCAUCAAGGUGCUCCUAAAUGCCACCGCCGCACACUUUGGGUUUAGGCCAACUUACAUGAGGGUCUGGUUGACGAAGCAGAAGGCUGUUGCCCUCAUCUAUGGUGACUGGGAUGAGUCGUACAACGAGCUCCCAAGUCAUUGCAAGCCCCUAGUUAGUAUUGACGGCACCCAUCUGUAUAGCAAGUAUGGGGGAACAUUGCUUGUCGCGAUUGCACAGGACGGGAAUUCCAAUAUACUCCCUGUUGCAUUCGCAUUAGUCGAGGGUGAGAAUGCUGAGUCGUGGUCCUUUUUUCUCUCCCACCUACGUCAGCAUGUGACACCGCAGCCGGGUCUGCUAGUUAUCUCGGACAGGCAUAAUGGCAUCAAGGCCGCGCUUGAGGCUCCUGACGGAGGCUGGUUACCUCCGUCUGCAUACCGGGCAUUCUGCAUUCGACAUGUUGCGGCAAAUUUCGCCCUCACCUUCAAGGGCAAAGAUGCAAGGAGGCUACUUGUGAAUGCGGCGUACGCUAAGACCGAGGUCGAGUUCCAUUACUGGCUUGAUAUUCUUAGGUCCGAAGACCCGGCGAUGUGUGACUGGGCGAACCGGAUUGAGUAUUCGUUGUGGACACAGCAUUGUGAUGAGGGGCGUAGAUUCGGACACAUGACGACGAAUAUAUCUUAG